UUUUUAGCUUCGAGAUCUUUGAAGUAUUACGUGAAUCUCAAAGAUGGCUGGCAGAGGCACAGUGAAGCCCCACAGUGGAUUCAAUGCUAAUAAUGAUGCUGAAGUUCUCUACAAGGCCAUGAAAGGACUCGGCACUGAUGAGGCUGCCAUUCUCCAGCUGUUGACAGCACGCAGUAAUGCACAGCGCCAAGAAAUCAAAGCUGCAUACAAAACCCUGCACGGAAAGGAUUUGGUGGAUAAUUUGAAGUCAGAGCUGGGUGGGAAGUUUGAGAGUCUGAUAGUGGCUCUGAUGACUCCUCCCAUUAAGUAUGAUGUCACAUGUUUGCGGGAUGCUAUUAAGGGUGCAGGCACAGAUGAGAAAGUGUUGGUUGAGAUUUUGGCAUCUAGGUCGCCUAAUGAAGUCAACCAGAUCAAAAGUUUAUACAAGCAAGAACAUAAGAAGGACCUGGAGGAAGAUGUGACUGGUGACACUGGAGGUCAUUUCAAGAGGAUGCUGGUUGUUUUGCUACAAGCCAGCAGACAGCAGGAUAUACAAGAAAACCUCAUCCAAAGUGAUGCCCAGGCUCUGUUUGCCGCAGGAGAACAGAAGUAUGGAACUGAUGAAGGCCAGUUCAUCACUAUACUGGGAAACCGUAGUAAUGCUCACCUUAGGAGAGUGUUUGAGGAGUAUAGGAAGCUCUCAGGGUUUGAAAUAGAGGAGAGCAUCCAGAGAGAGACAUCAGGAACCCUACAAGAAGUACUGCUGGCUGUGGUGAAGUGUGCCCGCAGUGUGUCAGGUUAUUUUGCUGAUAGCCUUUACAGUGCCAUGAAGGGGGCAGGCACUGAUGACAAGACAUUGAUAAGGAUCAUGGUUUCCCGCAGUGAGGUGGACAUGUUGGAUAUACGUGCUGAAUUCCGCAAGAGGUUUGCUACCUCUCUGCACAAAAUGAUUCAGGGUGAUACUUCAGGUGACUACCGUAAAACCCUGCUGCUGCUGUGUGGAGGGGAUGAUGCAUAAACCCUGCCACCCUCUCUGCCUGGGUCGGAUCCCAUGACUCCCAUCUCUGGGGCAGGUUGAUGGGACAAGGGCCUAGUCCCCUUCUGAACCCAAUCCAGGAAAAAUUACAAAAACAUGACAUUCCAAAUCAAAAGAAGGAUCUCUUAUCGAACUGUGAAGAUGCUCUGCACAGCACAGAA